GUUUUCCACAAGGACUACAACAUUCGUAGCAAAAGCCGCAAAUCCUUGCUCUCUAAGCAAAUAGGUUUCCUGUAAUCUUUUGAAACAUCCCACGGUUUGUGCGCCAACGAGCGGCUCAGUGAGUCACGAGGAGACGCUUCAGGAUGAAUCCAUCGGCCAAUAGAGAGCGCGUGCUUCUCAGCCUUAAGUGGUUCACCCAUAGAAUGAUACGAUCUUUUGAGGAAAAACUAGCACAUGCUGUCUCUGGCUUGUCUCAUUCAAGGACAUACCUUUCGGCCCACAUCUCGCCAAAUCCCACCCCACCAUCUGCUGUCUCUCGGCAGCAUAUCUGUAACACCGAUGAAACUAACGAAAUUCCAUUACUCAACCAGCUAUUAGAGCAGCAACAUCGCAUGCGGAAACGAUUGUCCUUUGAAAGUGGAUACGCGUGCUAUGAAAAUUGGAAUCCAAUCACAGCAGUGUCAUCCGUUUACUCCUCCCUGAAAUUGUGGGAAUUCGUUUCUGCAGACGACUCUUCUCAGUCUUGGAAAGUCAAACGACUAUGUCAAGAAUAA